GUGCAGAGAGGGGAAUUUUUGAAUCGAUCAGCUCUUGUGUUACAUUCAUUGUUUGUGAGAAUACAAACUACUCAAGAAUAUGUGUUUCAUAACUCACGCUGUUGUUCUUGGUGUCGGGUAUUGGAUGGGAAAGCAGUAUAGUCAAGGUUUUACUGUUCGUCAACUGACAAUUGACCCCACCAAUCCGAAUACUCAGGAAUUUGUAAUCCACGUGGAGAAGAAAGACGCAGAGAAGUGCGGAUUCUGGAAAGCUUCAAGAUGCUGUCAAGAGAAUUUUCCAGUACCUGAAGAGAAGAAAGAUAAUUAAUUUGAAGCAUUGAAAUAUUUAAAUAGUCGUGUGAAUGAAUAAAUUAUUAUGGUUUAA